AUGGACAACGCGGCCGAGGGCCAGGUGUUCGUUGACAGCCUCGGCCAGCUUUCGCUGCCCGGGUCGAAAACUCGAGUGUUCCAGCGAUUACAUAGAGACGAGGUUGUUGGCUUGAUGCUGAACCUAGACCAGGACAGUCCUGAGGCCAACACUCUCAGCAUUUUCCGCGAUGGCGUGCGUGCUUGCCCGCCGCAGAAGCUGCCUGAGGGUCUGACCACGAAGACGCUGUUCCCGACCGUGACGUUCAAGAACAUGACUCUCCUCGUCAACUUCGGCCCAACACCGCAAUGCAAAGUCGAUGCCACCUGCACCAUGCUGCAGGAUGUUGGGGAGGAGGACAUGGAAGUCAUUGAGUCGGAGGAUUUUGCCGCCAGGAAGCCCGAGGUGCUUUUUCCUUUGGGCUUGCCGGAUCACGGCCUUUUUGACUGGGUGGAUCAGUUCCUCCAGGAGAAUCCGAGGAUAGCAGAGCUCAGUGAGCGAAAAGCGAUUGCAUGGGCUGAGAAGAGUGGUAUUCCACAGGGCCCUCGACGUGACAAGUCUCAAGACAGGCCGGGUACGAACUUCGGCAUCGGGGCCCUGGACGAUGGCAGCACCCACAAGGUGCUCUCGUUGGCAGCCCCUGCGCUGAGGCGAGACCUCCUCGUUUUGGAGCUCAAUAACAACCUCCGCGCCAGUGAGCGCAAGAAGGCCCUCGCGAGGUUUUCGCCCUUCGACUUUAAGCGUGUGGCGAUUGUCGCGAUGGGAGAGCCGACAGAGGAGUACAAGGCCCGGAUCCAGGAGCUCCUCCUGGCUGAGAAGGUUGAAGCCCGGAGAAGAGAGAAGAGGCGGAAAACUGAGGAGGCCGCUCCCAAGCGUGCGCGACGUGGCGGCUGGGAUUCUCAGACUCAGGAGCCGGAGAACGGCACGGAGAAACCUGCUAGUGGAGAAGUCGCCGCAGAGCCGGCGCCAGAGGAGUCCGAGGCCAAGGAUGCCAAGGAGGGGGAAGAGGCCACAGAGCCAAAGCCGGAGGAGGAAGAGGAGAAGAUUGAGCUGACCGAGGAAGAGAAGGCAAAGUGGUUCCGCAGCUUGGAGCCUCCAGAUCUGUCCUCAAGCACACUUGCAAAGUGUUUUGCGGACUAUAGCAUCCCGGCCGACGACGAGGGCUUCGACGAAGUCCGGUAUGUCUGGCAGCAGAAGGACGAGUGCCAGAAAAUCAUCAGCGAUUGGGUCCUCGACCACAAGAAGACCAUGCGCAUCGAGGACCUAAAUCCAUCGACCUGGUUCAGGGAGCGCAUCGACCGAUGGCAGCAGCAGUACCAGGAGUGGAAGCGGAAGCAGAGCGAGAUCCGGGAGGCCGUUCGGAAAGGCGAGUUUCGAAAGAGGCCCCGCAAGGAGGUAUCUGCGGAUGCAGGGAACGAUGCCGAAAUGAAGCAAGGUGACGAGGGCGGCGCCCCGGAGGGCCAAGCCGAGGUGAAUGACGAGGACUUGGAUGUCUUCGGCGUCGAAAAUGUCAUGGACAUUGGCGACGGUCGCCCGCUUUUCCUCAGCUUCGUGUAUGAGGACUGGGUCCUCCUGAGCCUUAGAUACGAGCUGCAUCUGUUGGUCCAUGCCUUUAAGCAUGACGUUGCAGAUGAAGACAGGCCAAGCUUUCACGAGCGUCACCUAGAGUUCUACUUCCACAAGUACUACAGGAGAAGCCUGCAGCUGAAGAUGUUCGGCGUGCAGACGAACGAAGAGCUGAUAGCUUUAGUCAAGGAUUCCGUUUCCAUCAGCAAGGAGACCCAGCUUCUGGAAGCGACGAUGCCCGUGGAGGAGCCGCUGGACAAGUUCCUCCGCCUUGCGGAGGAGCACCGGCGGGACAGACAGCGCUGCAUAGAUGCCGGCGACGAAACUGCUGUUCUGAAGUUUCAGAGACCUGCACCACCGCCUCGAACGCCAGAAGCCAGCGAUCGAGGCAAAGGGCACGAGAAAGGUGGCAAAAAGGGUGGCAAAUACGAGGGCAACAAGGGCCGCCCCGCGCCGCCGGCGCCGAAGGGUGGCCGCCAGAACUGGGACCGGGACCAUGAGGGCAAGUCUGGCUACUCGCGCCCCCCUCCUCCACCGCAGAGCGGCUACGCUGGAGGAGGACGCAGCGGCUAUGGCUCGCGCGACGACAACCGAUCCGGCGGCCGCCAGGAGUGGCGAGGCGGCGGCAGCGGCGGUGGUGGUGGGGGAAGCCGAGGCGGCAAUCCGCCACGGAAUUCUUACGGCCAAGGCGGUGGUGGCUCCAGAGGUUAUGGCGGAGGGUAUAGUCGAGGCGGUGACAGGGGUGAUGACCGUGGGCAAGGGCAGAAACGGCCCUACACUCCACCACCACCUUCUGCCUAUGCUUCAAAGCAGCGCUACUGA